UUGACAGUUUUUUUUAAUUGUUCUAACCUCUAAAUUCUAGGUAGUGUAUUUCAGCAACUUUGAGUUUGAUUUAUGAAUUAUAUUGAAAUAUGUUAUUAAUAAUUAUAUUGGAUAAACGUAAAUAAGUACACCGACUAUAACGCUUUUGGACGACUACAAUGCAAGCCAAAAGACAUGUAGAAUCGUUGGGUGUUUUGGAACCCAAAGAUAGAAUGCGAGCCCUUAUUAAUUUUAGUAGCGCUGUUGAAGUUGAUCCUAGUGUGCCGCCAAGGAGGUACUAUCGCUCUGGGCUGGAAAUGGUGAGAAUGGCGAAUGUCUACUUAGAUGAAGGAAGCUUAGAAAAUGCUUUAGUUCUUUAUUUAAAGUUCAUGACAUUGUUCUUGGAAAAAAUUAGACACCAUCCCGAUUAUGCGAACGUUCCUCCCUCGGAAAAGCAACAAAACCAGUUUUACUUAAGAGAGAUUUUACCGAAAGCAGAAAACCUAAAAACUCGUUUAUUAGAACAAUUUACCAAAGAAUAUAAUCAGUAUUUAAUUGAUGUUAAGCGACAUCAGGCUGAAGACAAACGACGAAGGGAGUUGGAAAAAGAAAGGCAGAAGAAAAGAUCAGUGGAAGUUGGAACAGAUGUUUGGCCAACUUCUGAUAUCGCAAUUCAGCCCUUAGACGAUUUGGGUGGUAUAUAUUAUCCAGAUCCGAAUGUUCCCUCUGCUCCUCCAGCUGAUGACGAAGGGUCUUCAAAAUCAAUUUCUACAACACCUUCAAUAGACCGUGCCACCAAACCAGCAACAAAUAGUGUAACCAUUCCAACUCCGACGUUAACAAAACCUGGUUUAAGGACUGUAGUUAUUCCAUCGAAAGUGAUGACUCAUUUCUUAACCCUUUCCCAUAAAAGUACAAUGAAUAACAUUGAAACUUGUGGUAUUCUUGCUGGAAAACUCGAAAGGAACAAUCUGAUUAUUACUCAUGUAAUUUUACCAAAGCAAAAUGGAACCUCCGACUCUUGUAUCACCAUGAAUGAGGAAGAAAUAUUUGAAUAUCAAGAUCAGCAUAAUUUAAUCACAAUUGGUUGGAUACAUACUCAUCCGACUCAAACAGCAUUUUUGUCAAGUGUAGAUCUGCACACUCAUUGUCCCUAUCAGUUGUUAAUGCCAGAAGCAAUUGCCAUAGUUUGUGCUCCAAAAUAUGAAGAAACAGGUUUUUUUAUUUUGACACCAAAUUACGGUUUAUCAUACAUUUCGAAUUGUAAAAAAUCAGGGUUUCAUCCACAUCCCACGGAACCACCUCUAUUUAUGAAUGCUGAGCACGUGAAGGUUGAUGGAAAUGCGGCAUUGGAGGUGCUCGACUUACGUUAACUUACCUGUACUGAUCAUCACACUAAUCUGCUUCAAAAUAGCGAAUGCUUUGUAUAGCUGUGAGGGGCUAGCUUUUGAUAACACAAUUUUUACGUGAUGUCUUGUACCUUAUGUGUUUACUAGCUUUAGCCUGUAGUGAAUCUUUUAAAAAGUUGUCUAUUUUUACAUAUAAUAAAUGUAUUAAAACAUU